AUGGAGAAUAUCCUCUGUUUUCUAAACAGCUAUACUGACGCAGGGCUGAGCCCUGACUCACCUUGCUUGAUGGAUAUUGACCACAACUGCAUCUACUUGAGUGGGUUGGGGUUGUUUAUGCUGUACUUUUUCUAUGUGGUAUCGAUGCUGUGUUUGUCAACACGUGGGAAAAAUAAUGACAUCCAAAAGCAUCAAGGCAGAGCCAGGAGGAGAAGGAAAGGUGGGACAUUUAAAGACUGGAAAAGUUUCCAGAGGGAAGCAGAAGAGGAAAGGAAGCUGCUUUCUAUUCUGCAAAGCUUUGGACCUCCUGCUUCCUGCAGUCACCUGGACUAGCAUCAUGAUACCAUCCGCUUUCGUCGACUGUUAUGCCCAGACCCUGACUGUCAGGUGUGUAACAGAGCAACUGCUGAUAUCCAGCGACUGCUGUCUUGGGAGUCCCUGAAAGAUGCUGCUCCCUGUGUGUCCCCUUUGGCUUCUUCAGCUUCUGUGACUGAGUCAUCAUUCACUCUGUCUUCUGCCCCCUCAGCAAUUCCUCCAGAAGACCUAAUAUUGUCUCCUCGGCUUAAGCCCUCUCUACUGUCCCCCUUAAUUCUCUCACAUGACCCAAUCACCCCCUUAGCUGACUUAUUUUCACCCUCACCUCUGAGGCACCCUCUGCUACCACAGCCUGUUUCUUCCCUGGAUUCCAAGUUCCUCGUGGACCAUUCCCCACCCCAACAGCUUCCCUCUCCCCUUCUCCCAUCAUAUCACAUUCAGAGAGUGGAGCCCAAUCUCCAUCCUGAGGCCAGUUUGUCUCUGAACACCAUUUUUUCAUUUGACUUCACCCUCUCCCAAGAUAUGAACCCCUUGCCAAAUGCUUCCCAGGCCAUGAAUCCAACUGAUUCAUGUGCUUGUCAUCAUGAACCACCAACCCCAACUGCUUUACCACAGCAGGACUGCACUGUAACUCAGUCUAAAGCAAGUCCUACAAUAUUGAAGCCUUUUCCAGAGACGUUAUCUCUAGGUAGCUCUGGUGGGACAGUAUGCCCCAACAAUCAGAGCAUUGACCAUUCAUGCCCUGCAUCUUCAGAAUUCUACUGGUGGCAGCCUCAUGGCAAGGACUUGUUUCCCUCCACUAUUGCACCAUCUGAUUUCACGCAAGAGCUUCUUACCCUUCACUAUUCUGAUGCCACUAUAGGGGGGCACUCUGUGGCCAACCUCAUACAGCCUAUUAACCUAUCAUUUCUCAGCCAUGACAUUCUGGAACUCCUGAAGAGACAAGUCAAAAAAAGGGGUGAUUUCCUGAUGUGGAAAGAAAAUGAAAACAAAGCAGGAUCUUUUCCAAAAUCCUGUAGACCAAACUGUCAACUAAAUUCUUCACGGAAAAUGUUAGCCUCAAUUGCAGAUAAGCAUGACUUGGCAGCCUCACUUCGUUUUUGGGCCAGUAAAGACAAACUAGAACAGCUGCACAUCCACCAGCAGCCCCCAUAUUCUAAGUGCGUUGAGGACCAGUUAGAGCAAAAAUAUGUGCAGCUCUUCUGGGGUCUCCCACUUCUGCACAGUUAGUCUCUGCACCCUACCGUUCUUGUCCAACAUGGUCAUUACUCCAUGUUUGUAUUCUUCAAUGGCAUUACAAAUACAUCUAUAUCCCAAGAAUCUCCAGUACUUCCCCCUCCCCAACCUCUAUCCUUGCUUAGUACCCAACUUCUACCCUUGCCUCAAACCCUGCUCUGGGGUCAGUCCCCACAUCUCACUCAGAUCCAGUCCAGGGCUCAACAUCAAUUUCCACUCCCAGCCCUACUACCUAGUCCUCUAUUCCUGAUUAGGAUCUGUGGAGUGUGUUUUCAUAGAUCCCAGAAUGAGGCACAGUCUCUUAUGCCAUCUGAAAUUAGCCAUCUGGAGUGGAAUGUGUUGCAGAAAGUGCAGGAAAGUGUGUGGGGUUUACCUUCUUUGGUUCAAAAAUCUCAGGAAGACUUUUGUCCUCCAGCUCCCAGUCUUGCAUUGUUUAGGCAGCCCUUUAAGGCCCAUGUUCCCAUAUCCAUUAUUCCUGGAUAUUUUCCAUUCAGCUGUGAGCUAAGGAAGAAACCAGAGCACCAACUUCGAAAAAGACUCAUCCAGAGCAAUUGGGGCCUGCCUCGCAUAAUCCAUGAGUCUCUGUCAAUGCUGCAUCCUCAGAAAAAAAUUUCGGAGAUAUCUGAGUUAGAGAACAAUCAUGGACCCUUACAUAGCUCUUUGGUUGAGAGUCAGGGCUGCAAUAUUCUAAAGAAAUUCGGAUCAAGCAUCCCUAGAACCUUCCAUGAGGGGAGCUCAAAUAUGCUUUCCCUGGAUUAUCGGGGAUACAGCCAGGAAAAUGGCCCAAAAGAUCAUCUGUUGCAUGAUCCAGAGACAUCUUCAGAUGAGGAUCUGAGGUCUAACUCUGAGAGAGACCUGGACACUCAUAUGAUGCAUCUGUCAGGGAAUCAUUCAGGGGAGAGCCUAGGUCAGAAACAACUUGAAAAUGCCCUGACAGUACAUUUGAGCAAGAAAUUUGAGGAAAUCAAUGAGGGUCGAAUGCCUGGGACUGUGCAUAGUUCAUGGCAUUCAGUCAAGCAGACAAUGUCUCUUGCUGAGAAAUCCCACAGUCAAAUAAAACAUCGAAAUUUGGCAGCAUUGCUGGGUGAGGACCACCGCGUUGAUACUUCCCAGGAGAUUUUAUUCCUUAGUUCCAAUGACCAAAAGGUGUUGGAAGCCCAUAUUAAAUCUUUCCAUAUGAGGAUGCUGUGGGGCCUUCCCCGCAAAGUCCAUGAAUCUAUAGAAAUCUUUAACUUUGAAAGAGGAUCUUUCCAAUUCCUUUUCCCAUUUCGACCUUCCCUCCUCAGCCUCCUCCAUUUCUGGUGUAGAUUCCAAAAAUGGGGUCUUCAACCCCCCUUAGAAGAAGGUUUUCAAGGAGAAAAGUUGGGAACAACAAGCUCAGUUCCGGUCCUGGAUUGUCCUCACCCUGUCACCUCACCUGUCGGCAAAGAAAGCAGAGGACCCUGA